CCUCCACCGCCGCCGCCUCCUCCCCCUCCGAAUGGACUUCAGCCAGCCCCGAGGGUUGACUAUCUCCUUAAACAUGGCGGCCUACCUUACACGAUUCCGAAACAUCUGAUCCCGAACGGACCUGCGAACCCAAUACAGCAAUACAGCUUCUACCAGUCUUCAGCAGCUGAGCAAGUAGCACCUGUCGAGGCAUACUCGAAAAUUUUCUCCUCAAUACACAAACGCUUGGACGACUAUUUGUCCGUACUGGAACAGCAUGGCUCCCUUGCUGUCGCCACUGGCUACAAAUCUGUAGCCAGGCGUUUGCUAGAUAAGCUUUCACAGGUGUUCGCCAGAGACAUAUCGUCGGAACGCUGUGACUGCGUUAUAUGCAAGACAACACAGCAAUCUAGCAUGUCGGACGAGGAAGAUAGUGGAUUUAGCUGGGGUGAAAUCCUCGAAUUUGUCGCUGGCCGCCGCGAGUUACCCCAGUGGCCUCCCUUUUCCAUGGAUUCUGAUAGCGGCAUUCUCGGCAGUCUCGGCUCAACGCAGGCGCCAAUGCAGAAACUCGACAUCGACGUCCCAGAAGAGUAUCGGGAUCACUAUAUUCGACAAAAUCAAAAGACCAAGCGUGCGGUGCAGAGUUGGCUGGCCCAGCAGCCAGAUUUCCCGUGCAGUCCGCCCGAGGAAGCAGACGAAGAUACUUUGAUGUUCGCCAUGAUGACAAAGCUCAAUGCGCGACAGCGGAAUAUUUUCAUUGCUCUCAUGCAUGGCCAGAACUUCAUCUCAGAACUUCGAGCUCCGACACCUGCUGAGCGUCCGUCGACCUCGUCCAAUGCCCUUCGAAGGGCCAAGAUGGCACUGCAGCGCUUGUAUCGCCUUGAAACGGCACCACGAGACUGCGAGAGCGCCAUGUAUCUCCUGCAUAACCCACAUCUUCACGGGAUGCUAGCGACGCUUGCAGAAGUGAAUGAAGCCGAAUGGGAGAUUCUUAUAUCAGGUCGUUUUGAUGGUUUCUUGUGGUCCGGUGCUGAGGCACCUUUUCAAACUGCACCAUCGAGAACGCCGUCGCGAGGACCCAAUAUGACGCCGUUCUCGAGAAAUGUGACGCCUUUCAGUGGUGUUGGGUCGACGCAGUCCCGCACGACCACACCCUUUGCAGCCCCUCCUGCUCCCGUGCAAUUGGAUGAGGAUACCGAGAUCGCCGUUGCUGCUGAGCUCGAGCGUAAUCUCUUUCUCGAUAUGGAGCGGCUUGAAGACGCCUUCGAAGCCUUGCACGGCCGCGCAGAGAUGGUCCGACAAAUGCUUCGAGAGCGAUCGGCUGGUCUAGCAGCUCAAGCUCAAAUUCGACGUGGUGGCUACGGUCUAGAUCCUGUCGGUGUGCGGCUCGAUACACCCGCCAGCGGCAUCACGGACUUUGACGAGGAAGACGACGAUGGACUCGGCGACACGGCCAGCUUGGCACCAGACGACAGCGCGAGUCAGAUUGGAGGACGCAGGCACCGCCAGCGCAGGGAAAGGAAGACACCCUUGCCUGAUACGCUGCCUGAGGAGGACGAG